GCAGCAGAAAUUCUUCUUCAUGCCGGCGCCAAGAUCGACCUUCCUGGGGGUCCUGACCUCGAGACACCUCUGCACGACGCAAUUAGUAACGGCAGGCUUGCUUGUGUUCGCUUACUCGUCACUCGAGGCGCUAACCCUUUGGCGGCCAAUGCUAAUGGUAUCACAGCUCUCCAACUAGCAGAACAAAUGUUAAUGCUGCCGCCACCUUCAUUGCCUUCCACUGAAGUGAAUGCCAGUGCCAGCAGGUCUGGUAUUGGACAACAGCGAAAGCGGCAGCGAGAAAGGCUUGCGAUUAGCACCGGUAAAGUUGGUUCACUAAUCGAGAUUCGCGAUCUUCUUGCUGAUGCCGCAAACAAUGUAGGUCAUGUCUUCAUGCCUUUAAAUAGACUCUCAAGUCAUACACAAUGA